AUGCCCGCACGUGUAUCUACCCGGUCCACGCGGACCUCAGCCGCCGUUUCGCACAAAUCCUCAGCAGCGACAGUCGGCUCUCGAGCCUCAACAGCGUCCCGCUCCUCUUCGCUUGCCCUCGAUGUCCCGACCGAAAGACCCGACAGCGAACUUCGCGGCCAGGUGUGUGCUGUCUUCCGAGAUGCGCAGAAAAAUACAGCGUCACACCGCAAGCUCGUCGUCACCUUGCGCAAGAUCCAAGAGGCCUGCGCCUACGAGCCGACCAGCCUGAAGAAGUCGACAGCAAAUGAGUUUGACGAGGAAGCUUUCAACUCCGAGUUCGUCCGGUGUGUCCUGAGAGUGAUGCCAAUCAAAAAGACAGAGACCGUUGGAGAGAAGACGAUCCGGUUCAUUGGUUCCUUCUUGCGACACGCAAACGACAAAGACAACGAGAUUCUGGGAGAGAUCGACGAGGACGCCAGCGUCAUGCCCGAGACCCCUAGCACCAGACUUACCAGCUACCUCAUGAGCACGGUUCUGCCCCUGAUGGUAGCCAAGGACAAGUUUGUGCGGUACAGAUCCACUCAAUUGAUUUCGCACAUCAUCAACUCGCUCGACGCCAUCGACGAUGAUCUCUUCCAAAAACUUCGGCAUAGCCUCCUUAAACGCAUCCAUGAUAAGGAGGCCAUGGUCCGCGCGCAGGCAGUUCUGGGCUUGGGGCGUCUGGCUGGCAAUCAAGUCAACGCUGCAGACGAAGACGAUGAUGACGAUGACGCCAGCGGGCUUCUCGAGAAGCUCCUAGAGGUUGUCCAAAAUGAUCCCAGCGCAGAUGUGAGGCGGUCGCUUCUCGUUAACCUCCCGAUCCUUCCCGCCACUCUCCCCUACCUAUUGGAACGCGCCAGGGAUCAAGAUGCUUUGACUCGCAGGGCAGUCUACUCGCGGCUUCUGCCAGCUCUUGGUGAUUUCCGACAUCUCUCGCUUUCGAUGAGAGAGAAACUCCUCAGGUGGGGUCUCCGCGAUAGAGACGAGAAUGUGCGCAAGUCCGCAGGCAGACUUUUCCGCGAACGGUGGAUCGAAGACUGCGCUGGCGUUGCACCACCCGAAGAAGGGGCUCCGCCCGCCGAACCUUCACCUCCCAACUUCGAUGGUCUCCUUGAGCUUCUGGAGCGAAUCGAUGUUGUGAACUCCGGUGUAGAGAACGGCGUCGCUCUUGAGGCAAUGAAAGGCUUCUGGGAAGGAAGACCUGACUACCGGGAAGCUGUCACUUUCGAUAACCAAUUCUGGGAGACGCUCUCUGCCGAGUCUGUUUUCAUGGCUCGCAGUUUCAACGACUUCUGCAGGAACGAGGGUAAUGGCAAAUUCGAGUCGCUGGUUGAGGAGAAGCUGCCAGAAGUGACUACCCUCGCAUUCUACUUGGAGAGAUAUAUUAGCGUCUUGAUCGAGGCUAUCAAGCGGGUUUCUGAGAUUGAAGGCGAAGAGGACGAAGAAGAAGACACUGUGGAGCAGGAGUUCAUCGUCGAGCAGCUACUUCAUAUUGCCAUCACCCUCGAUUACUCUGACGAGGUUGGUCGUCGCAAGAUGUUCGCUCUCCUCCGCCAGUCGCUCUCAGUCCCAGAGCUUCCGGACGAUGUAACGAAACUCACUAUCAACGUCCUCAGGGACAUCUGCGCGCCAGACAACGCCGGCGAGAAGGAGUUUUGUUCCGUGGUUCUCGAGGCCGUCGCUGAUGUUCACGACACAAUCGUCGAUGACCCCGCACCGGACGACCGCACUGAAGACAGCUUCCACUCAGCGAGGUCUGAGGUCAGCGGCGACGUUACGCCCACGAGAGGCGGAAGUCGGCAGAAGAGCCCCGAGCUCAGCGAAGAAGAAGCUCGAGCAAAGGCUGUCAAGGAGAUCAUGAUCAACAUGAAGUGCUUGCAUAUCGUGCAGUGCAUGUUGUCCAACGUCGCGGGCAAUCUGCAGCAGAAUGACCAUUUGGUUUCGAUGCUCAACAACCUUGUGGUCCCUGCCGUUCGCAGCCACGAGGCACCGGUGCGUGAGAGGGGCCUUGUGUGUCUGGGUCUUUGCUCCCUGCUCGACAGAUCCCUGGCCGAGGAGAACUUGACACUCUUCAUGCACUUCUUCACUAAGGGUCAUACUGCCCUUCAGAUCACAGCCUUGCAGAUUCUUACCGACAUCCUUAACGUCCAUGGAGCGCAAUUGCUUAGCUCAACGCCGGCGCUGCUCAAGAUUUAUAUUAAAGCACUCAAAUCGGGCACGAAGUCGCCCGAAGUCCAGGCUGCCGCCACAUUGGCUGUUUCUAAGCUGCUACUGGGACGUGUCGUAACGGACCCUGAAGCUUCAGCUGAAAUGCUCAAGACACUCGUCGUCCAAUACUUCGACCCCGUUACAGCUACCAACCAAAGCGUUAGACAGGCUCUUAACUACUUCCUGCCCGUCUUCUGCUACUCGCGGGCUGAAAACCAAGAUCUUAUGCGUACCGUCGCACUGGAUGCUCUGCAUGCACUCCUAAACGUCCGCGAGAGCCUGGAGGACGACGACGCCGAUGUCGAUGAAGACAUGGAGAGUUUGACGACCAUCGGUGCUUGUCUAGUGGACUGGACUGAUCCUCGCAAGUGUUUCAACCCUGCCACUGGUCUUGAUCUGGAGAAGAAGACUGUCAAUGGUGACAUUCACUUGGACUUUGCUUUGGAUAUCCUAGACCGCCUGAACAGCAGUAUAAGCAAGGACGAGAAGAAGGUAGUGGCGUCGCUACUCGGAAAGUUGUAUAUUUCGCCCACUAGCACGGAGGAGAAGAUUCGAGAAGUAUACGACGAGGUCACAAUCGCCGUCAACGACAGGCUGAUCUCCGACACAACUGGUCGAAACGCCCUCAACAAGGUCCAUGUCAGCUUGGGCAAGAUUGUUGCCACCCUUGGGGAGCAGCAGGAUGGCGAGCCGCGUCGCACAAGCAGAAGCGUGUCCGUCGCCGCUUCCGUGGCCGGGUCCGUUGCUGGCUCCGUUGCAGGGUCCGUCGCGCCGUCCGAGAAGAACGAGCCUGACAUCAAAGAGGAAGAUGAAGACAGCGAUGGCACUGUCAUCCAGACCACCAUCAAGGACGACGGCAACUCUCUUGUAAGCGAGCUGUUAUCGGAUGAAGAGGGGGCGUGA